UGGAAAAUCUCAAUUCCUUGUCAAAAUCACACACAGGGGAGAAGCGAUAUAAUUGUAUGGAAUGUGGGAAAUGUUUCACUUUAAGAAGUUCUCUUACUACACAUCAACGAACUCACACAGGAGAGAAGCCAUAUAAAUGUGUGGAAUGUGGAAAGAGCUUCAGGGACAGUGGAGAUCUGCGUAUCCAUCAAAGGACGCACACAGGAGAGAAGCCACAUACAUGCAUGGAAUGUGGAAAGAGUUUCAGUCAGAGUGGGACUCUGCGCUCUCAUCAAAGGACCCACACAGGGGAGAAACCACAUAAAUGCUUGGAAUGUGGAAAGAGCUUCAAUCACAGUGGACAUCUGCGUUCCCAUCAAAGGACCCACACAGGGGAAAAACCACAUAAAUGCAUUGAAUGUGGAAAGAGCUUCAGUCAGAGGUAUAGUCUGCAUACCCAUCAAAGGACCCACACAGGAGAGAAACCACAUAUAUGCAUGCAAUGUGGAAAGAGCUUCAGUCAGAGUUCAAAUCUGCAUACCCAUCAAAGGACCCACACAAGGGAGAAGCCACAUAAAUGCAUGGAAUGUGGAAAGAGCUUCAGUCAGAGCGGGAAUCUGCAUACCCAUCAAAAGACCCACACAAGGGAAAAACCACAUAAAUGCAUGGAAUGUGGAAAGAGCUUCAGUCACAGUGACAGUCUGCGUGUCCAUGAAAGGACCCACACAGGAGAGAAGCCAUAUAAAUGCAUAGAAUGUGGGAAGAGCUUCAGUCACAGUGACAGCCUGCGUAUUCAUCAAAGGGCCCACACAGGAGAGAAGCCACAUAAAUGCAUAGAAUGUGGAAAGAACUUCAGUCAGAGGGGGAAUCUGCGUAUCCAUCAAAGAACCCACACAGGGGAGAAGCUACAUAAAUGCAUGGAAUGCGGAAAGAGCUUCAGUCACAAUGUAAGUCUACGUAUUCAUCAAAGGAUCCACACAGGGGAAAAACCACAUAAAUGCAUAGAAUGUGGAAAGAGCUUCAGUCAGAGGGGCAAUCUGCGUAUCCAUCAAAGAACCCACACAGGAGAGAAGCCACAUAAAUGCAUGGAAUGUGGAAAGAGCUUCAGUCGGAGUGACAGUCUGCGUAUUCAUGAAAGGGCCCACAAAGGAGAGAAGCCACAUACAUGCAUAGAAUGUGGAAAGAACUUCAGUCGGAGGGGGAAUCUGCGUAUCCAUCAAAGAACCCACACAGGGGAGAAGCCACAUAAAUGCAUUGAAUGUGGAAAGAGCUUCAGUCACAGUGACAGCCUGCGUAUUCAUCAAAGGGCCCACAUAGGAGAGAAGCCACAUAAAUGCAUAGAAUGUGGAAAGAGCUUCAGUCAGAGUGGAAAUCUGCGUAUCCAUCAAAGGACCCACACAGGUGAGAAGCCACAUAAAUGCAUGGAAUGUGGAAAUAGCUUCAGUCACAGUGUGAGUCUGCAGAGCCAUCAAAGGACACACACAGGGGAGAAGCCACAUAACUGUAUGGAAUGUGGGAAAUGUUUCACUGCGAGAAGUUCUCUUACUACACAUCAACGAACUCACACAGGAGAGAAGCCGUACAAAUGUGUGGAAUGUGGAAAGAGCUUCAUUCACAGUGGAAAUCUCCAUUCCCAUCAAAGAACCCACACAAAGGAGAAGCCACAUAAAUGCAUGAAAUGUGGAAAGAGCUUCAGUGAAAGUGGGGCUCUGCGUAUCCAUCAAAGAACCCACACAGGGGAGAAGCCACAUAAAUGCAUGGAAUGUGGAAAGAGCUUCAGUCAGAGUUCAAGUCUGCAUACCCAUCAAAGGACCCACACAGGAGAGAAGCCGUACAAAUGUGUGGAAUGUGGAAAGAGCUUCAGUCAGAGUGGCGAACUGCGUACCCAUCAAAGGACCCACACAGGAGAGAAGCCACAUAAAUGCAUGGAAUGUGCAAAGAGCUUCAGUCAGAGUUCACAUCUGCGUUUCCAUCAAAGGACCCACACAGGGGAGAAGCCACAUAAAUGCAUGGAAUGUGCAAAGAGCUUCAGUUGGAGUUCACAUCUGCGUAUCCAUCAAAGGAUCCACACAGGGGAGAAACCACAUAAAUGCAUGGAAUGUGGAAAGAGCUUCAGUCAGAGUUCAAGUCUGCAUACCCACCAAAGGACCCACACAGGAGAGAAGCCGUACAAAUGUGUGGAAUGUGGAAAGAGCUUCUGUCAGAGUGGAGAACUGCGUACCCAUCAAAGGACCCACACAGGGGAGAAACCAUAUAAAUGCAUGGAAUGUGGAAAGAGCUUCAGUGACAGUGCAAAUCUGCGUAGCCAUCAAAGGACCCACAAAGGGAAGAAGCCACAUAAAUGCAUGGAAUGUGGAAAGAGCUUCAGUCACAGUGCGAUUCUGCGUAGCCAUCAAAGGAGCCACACAAGGGGAAAUGCAUUAGACAGCAAAGAGCUCACGCACAUCUAGAGGAGACCUGUCUGUAUGUUUCAAAGGGUCCCAGGUAGACAAAACAUUGGGGCGAUGGACAGAAAAAGAAGGCUGCCGACUUGUUCUCUCUCUGUCAUGUGCAGCAGUUUGUGUGGUCUGGCUUGGUUCCUAGCUAUAUUUUUGGAUUACAUGAAACUCAAGAUUUUACCUGUAUGAUCACCUUCAUACAUGAUUUGUGAGUAAACUGUCUUAU